AACCCGAGCUCCGUCAAGCUGAUAUAGCUCAACGGCACCUACACCGCUGAAUUCGCCAAGAUCACCAUCAUCUGCGCGGUUAUUGUGCUCAUGGUAAAUCAUCAUCGUACACAAUUCAGCACGUGUUUGUUUUCAUGGCGAAAUGCAGGUUGAACUGACCAAACAAGUUUGUGCAUGUUGCCUGUUUCAGGAAGCCAUUGUUGUUGGACAAUCUUUCGCCACGGUUAGAUGGUACAAGCUCGAUGCUGAACACCGGCCAUACAAGUCACACGCAUCGAUAUGUCCUUCCUCUGCUUCAUCAAUGCGACUUUCAUCAAAGAAAGGAUCAUGGAAUGGGUAAGGGCUGAAGUGGAUACAUCCAAUGAGAAGGUCAGGGAAAGGGUGCAAUCAGUUGUCUUUGACAUGUCAAACGUGGUGAACAUUGACACUUCAGGACUCGUGGGAUUGGAAGAAAUUCACAAGGAUCUAGCAUCCCUGGGCAUACAGUUUCACAGGAACAAGUCAGUGGCAGUAAAAGUUGAAGCUCCUUAGUCAGGUUCGUUCAGGUGAGUACCUUUCCUGAUACAAGAAU